AUGGAGUCCUUCCUUCCUGUGGGCGGCUUCCAGCUGCCCUUCCAGAAGCGCCUCAGCCGCCUUUAUAAUGACACCAAGAAGUCGAGCGAAUUCGUCAAGGAGCCGGUCCGGAAUGAGGAGGAUCCUGAGAUCAAGGCCUUGCACCGCAAGCUGCGCAUUCAGAAAGACCGCCUCGUCAGCUGGGGCAUUGAGUGGUCUGACCCCAGCCAGUCCGCCGAGAUUGACGAGUCUCUCUCCAAGGCCGGCCUCAGCGAGGUCGUCGGCAGCAUCAUGUCGACCAUCAAGGACAUUUUGGCUGAAGCUGAGCCCCUCUGGUUGAGCUCGAAGCGCAUUGUCGAGGGCCCGCGCUCGUCGCCCGACAAGAAGCCGCCGCUGGUUCAGUGGGACAAGGGCCGCUUCGAAGACCUUGUCCGCGACCUCACCUCUUCCAUCGACACGCUCUAUGACCUGUCCCGGACCCGCUCCGGCGGCAUCCCGCGUCGCAUGUCCAAGACGGCCACCUUCAAGUCGUCGGUGGACGACUUCCGACCCUUUGAGUCGAGUCGCAUGCAGACACCACAGCACAUCGAUCCGCAGACACUCACCCAUCUGCGAUCGACGGACGGCACCCACGGCGCCAACGCCCGCCAAGUCGUCUUCAUGAGCAAGACUGCCUACUCGGAGCUCACGCAGGGCACCACGCGCGAGCCCUGGGCCCCUCUGCUCCUCGAGUAUGCCACCUUUGACUCAAUCUACGCAACGACGGGCAUCAUGCCCCCCAUGGCCCGCUUCGAGAAGCUGUCGGCUGGUCUGCAGCAGGAUCCGCAGCGAGCGCCUGGCACCUGGACAGGUCUGCCACGCCUCUUGGGCUACUUUGAGGACAUGGAGAACUCGAGGCUGGGCCUCGUCUAUCGGUUUCCGCCGUCAUUCAACGCCGUUUCGUUCGAGAAGCUCACUCAGAACCCCCUCUAUAGUCUUCCAACCCUGGGCGGCCUUUUGUCGAGCCCUGAUACUGAACCAUUGCUCGAGGCUAAAUUUCGACUUGCGUAUAAUCUCACAAACACCAUUUUCGACAUGCACGCGCGCGGCGUCACCCAUGGCAACCUGGUCGAUGCCAACAUCUCGUUUUGCGAUUCGCCCAAAUUGGCAGAUGGCGCGAAGAAGACGGUCGAUAUUCGACGGCCACUUGUGUCGUCCUUCGACCUGUUCCCCGAGGAUGAUGCAGCAGCGGGCUUAUCCCUCUGGCGCCAUCCUCUGGAUCCCCGAAUGUUCAAGAUGUCACCACUGAACAAAUCAACGGAUGAGCGAGUGCUCGAGUUGUACUCGCUCGCCAUGGUUCUCCUGUCUGUCGGUCUGUGGGCAAAACUCGAGAGUCUAGCUCCUGAGCUUGCGAUUGACCCCAGUUCUGCCGUCCUCCCUGACUCGCUCAUGGACCGGCUGGCCGUCAAAUGCGGCAGCCUGUAUGCAAAGGCCGUCGAGGCAUGCUGGCUGGCCCCCGACGAGGAGUUGUCUGGAAAGGCCGGCGGCGAGGCGCUGCUCUCGUCAAUUCAGGUGCGCGUGAGUCGCUACCUAGAGGCGUGCUGCAUACUCGAUGGCGUCAGUGGCCUCGAGGAUCGGUUGACGCAAGAGCUGCAUGGCAAUACGACGGAGAAUCCGCAACCCGCAGAGUCGUCUGUUAAAUCACCGAUCAAGUACCCCGGCGACCGAAAGGUUUCGGUACAAGAACCAAGCUGUGCCCCGAAGAACCCAGAAAAGGCCGAUGUGGCUGAAGUCGAAUCCGAUGGCGUGUCAGGUACUCCUGCCCUUAAGAUGAGGCUGUACCCUCACGUCCCGCUCGCGCCAGAUGUUGUCGAGAAGUGGAAUGUGAUUCUGAUGCCUCAGAUCAACCACGCCCUCCGCCAUUUCUACCGCAAGCACCCUGAGUCGGUUGAAAUCUCCCUCGAAUCGGUCGGCCCAAGUCCAAACAAGACACAGCCGACAGUCUUGGUGGUCUGUACGUCGGUCGGGAAAGUGCGCGCCAUUCUGAAGAAGCGCCUUGGGGAUUUGUUCGACGGCACCACGGGCUUCUCACUCAAGGUCUGCCGCGGCCAAGUUUUGCGCUCGCGCAGACACGCCACUUCAGUUCGUCGCUCCAUGGCGCGCACCCACGACGGCGAAGACGACGAGACGGAAGCAGUCAACCCAGAGUUCCAACAGCGCCCCGGAAAUGGCGCGAGCAUCGGCGCCUGGAUCGGUGACCGCCACUUGCCGCCUGUUAGUUUCGGCGGCUUGGUUUUGAUCGAUGACAAGCCCUACGGCAUGACGGUCCACCACAUGCUGGACGACCCGGACCGCGAGCUUGGAAACGCUGAGACUCUCCGCAGCAGCGCCAGACCCGGACACGAUUGGCUCGCCGACACGGCAGUGGAGAGCGCGGACGACGAAGACGACGACGACGACGGUUAUGCUUUUGGGUUGUCGGACACUGAGUCAGAGCCGUAUUCAGAUACGGACAUUACCAGCGACUACGAAGACGACGAGGAAGAGGACGAAUUCGAGCCUGGCGAUAUUCCCGGCAUCGAGCCAGGCUGCGGAGACGGCUACAUUGUGACUCAGCCAGCAUUGGACGACGUGGAAGACGGGUUCUACCCGUGCGCCGAGACCGAAGACGAUGACCACCUCGACACAUUUAGCCUUGGCGAGGUCUUUGCGUCCAGUGGCAUCCGCCGCAAACAGGCCAACGGGCUCGUUCAUGAGGUGGACUGGGCAUUGUUCGAAUUUGCCGACGGUCGCUUGCCGGACGAUAACACCAUUCCGCAGGUGUCAGGCAGGAAGGCUCUGCCUACGACUAAGCCAGAAGAGAACACCCUUUUACACCCCACAACUGUCGCGCCGUCGGCAUCGCUGCCAGGCAUGGAAGUGCAGUGCAUCGCCCGCACCAGCGGGCUGCAGACCGGUCAGAUCUUGCCAUCCUUGACGAGCGUCAAGAUCUACGGCCGGGCAUCCCCCAGCCACACGUAUCAAAUCACCAGUAUGCCGUCUUCGGCGGCGGAGGGCUCACGCACAGAGCGGAAUCGGCCGAUGGGCAUCCCAGGAGACAGCGGCGCGUGGGUCGUGGAUCGCCAGCACAGCCAGCUAUGCGGCCACAUCUUGGCGUGGAGCCAGCGGAAGCAUGUUGCAUACAUAUGUCCCAUGGACGUUUUGCUCCUAGACGUUGCACAAACCCUCGAGGCCACUGAGGUCCGACUCCCGGGCGGUGAGCCCGUUGUGGCGCUCGGAGACCCAAAUGAAAGCGGUCUGGCGAGCCAUGGACACGACAUUGGAGGCGGAGACGAGGACCUGGAAGAUCUCGUGGAAGAGGAGCACGACGGGAACGAAGAUGGCGUUCCCCAACUGAUCCAAAGCACGCAAAAUAUUAGCUUGCGCGAUCAGGGGUCGUCGAGCCCGAUCCGCUUGGAGGCGUCGAGCGAGCUGAGGGGAUUGACGAGCCGACUGGAGGACAUGAAGCUGGGACGGACCCAGAGGAUUGGCGUCAACUGA